AUUUUUCAUACGAUAUCAUGUCGUAAGUAGUGAUUGACCUGUCAUCAAAUCACCAUGGUCAAGAUCUGAUCAUACUCGCACUCGUCGGGAUUGAUUAACCAUGUGGAGGCAUCGCACUUCUUGAAAUCUGAAGAGUGUCUGCUUUGACGUGCGAAUGGUUGGGGUUGGCGGUGCAGCAAUAUCGAUAAGCCGCAAAAAAAUAUGGAUCGGGAUCGGUGCUGCAGAGAUCGAAUGACAUCCUGUCGGGCGUUAAACUGGGUGAGGCAGUCCAAAAAGAACAAAGUUCACUUAAUACUAGUCUUUUCAAGAAUAGCAAGUAGUGGCGCCGAGGGUGGUAUAAAAGAGGGCUCGAUCUUUGGGGUUCUAAACUGGAGACUCGCUAUUGUACAAACAUGCAACUCUACCACAAUGAGCAAAGUUACCAGCGUCCUGCGAAGCAAAGCAAAAUCGCAUCGCAGAGGCAAUAUCGAGUCAAAGAGGGGGACGGGUUCGAGGAACUCCGCAAAGUUAUUUACUCAGUGACAGGGGAAGCUCCCCAGACCAGGCGCGAAACCUUGAAAAAAGCUGCAGAAGUGCUGAGGCAGUUGUCCAGAGAAAGCGAGGCAAUUUCCAGGCAUGAGCCACUCCCACCCUUAGCAAGCUCCUCAGCUUCGUCCUAUGAAGUUAUCCAGGGAACCCAUACGUCUUAUGAACCCCUUAUAAUCCCCAAUAACGAGACGUGGACAAAUGCUAUUGCACCAUGGCCAAGGAACAAUAGCCCAAUGUCAGACACAUCGGCAACGAGCUCGAUGCUGGAGUAUCAUGACCAUCCUCAGGCAGAGGCAUACCAUAUGGUCGGUCGUGGGGGCGAUUGGAAUUUAGUUCAACCAACCCCUUCGCAAUUUCGACAGUCCUCAUUCUCCACGCAGUGGAAUGAUCCGUCGCUCAUUCGCUUGAACGUUGAUCAAGUCCCAUUCUACGUAGAAGGGAUGGGAGUAAAUUAAAUUUUCACCUCAGAACUCGACGAAUCCCUGAAUAUUUACUUGUAGUAUUACUUGAUUGAUCUUGCAUAUAAUAUUCACAUACCUUGUAGCUUUUAGCAUACUUUUUUGCGUAUUCAUCGGAUCUAUACCCUUGAUGAAAUAUUUCCACCGAGAGGGUGAGCGAGAGAAGCACGAUUGUUUAACAUCCUGGUUGUUCCAUGACAAAACAUGCCGCUAUAUUCGCAUUCGUGUC